CACGACGUAAACCUUGCAAACAUGGCGACGCUCCGAAGAGAGUACGGAGGUUGGAAAUACGAGCGAUUUUAACUGAGAAGAUAACCUCCUCUUCGCAUGUUACAAUGUGGUGGGGUUAGCCAGAGCCGCCGCAACUCACAGCCUUUUAGACGAUGUUUGCAGAGGCCAGUCUGUCCAUCUGGGGAUGGGGGGGUCUUGGAGUUGUGCUGUUCCUUGUCACUUUUGGACCCUUUGCCAUAUUCUACCUGGCCUUUUAUAUCUUCUGCUUCAUUGGAGGGGGCUUUGCGGUCACUUUGCUUUAUGGAAAGAUCAACUCCGAGAAACACCUGGAAAAGUGCGAGCACUCGUACUUGCCACCCACACAAAUUGGUAUACUGAAGACGUUGGAUGAGAUGAAACUGGAGAUAAAGCCUAUAAAGAUUGACCGGAGACUGACUGGGUCUAGUUUCAUAGAUGAACCACUACAACAGGUAAUCCAGUUUGCACUGAGAGACUACAUCCAAUACUGGUACUACACUUUAAGCGAAGAUGAGUCCUUCUUAUCAGAGAUCAGGCAGACGCUGCAGAAUGCCCUUGUCCAGUUCUCCACACGGUCCAAAGAGGUGGACUGGCAGCCUUACUUUACCACUCGCCUGGUGGACGACUUUGCUACCCAUUUACGUGUUUUCAGAAAAGCCCAGGAUCGCCAUGGUGACAGAGAAGACAAGCAAAGGGACAUAACAGAAGAGCUGGUGGAGUCUUUCUUUGAGGCUGAGAUGGAAAUGGAAAGGAAGAUUUGUCGAGAUGUUGUGUGCACUUCACGCAAAGAUGAAGAAGGGUUUCUUCGGGACUUGUGUGAGUUGCUUCUGUACUUGUUACUACCUCCUGGAGAUUUCCACAACAAGAAUAUGAGAUACUUCCUAAGGGAGGUGCUGGCGCGUGGUGUCCUGCUUCCACUGAUCAACCAGCUGAGUGACCCAGACUACAUCAACCAGUUUGUGAUAUGGAUGAUUCGGGAUAGCAGCUGUAACUAUGAAGCUUUCAUGAACAUCCUCAAGUUAACAGACAAGCCAGCUGAGCUGGAAGCCGUUAAAGACAAGGUGCUGGAGGAGCUGCAGUAUCUACGCUCCCUGGACACUGCUGGAGAUGACAUUAAUGUGAUCAAGAACCAGAUCAACAGUCUUCUGUUUGUGAAGAAGGUGUGUGAGACCAGGAUCCAGAGACUGCAGUCUGGCAAGGAGGUUGAUGCCUUGAAGUUGGCAGCCAACUUUGGAAAGCUUUGUGUCAUUCCGCUGGAUCACAUUCUUGUCCACAACAUAGCCCUGCAGUUUUUUAUGGACUUCAUGCAGGCAGCGGGGGCCCAGGCCGAGCUGUUCUUCUGGCUUACAGUGGAGGGAUACAGGGUGACAGCACAGCAGCAGCUGGAGGCCAUGCAGGGCUGGCAGAAAGAUGGCAAGAAGCAGCCUAGUGCCACCAAGGGGCUUCUGAAAGCAGCUGCACUGGGUGUCUAUGAGCAGUACCUCUCUGAAAAGGCAUCCCCCAGGGUGCACGUGGACGAGGCAUCACUAGCAAGACUUGGGGAGAAGCUACGGAAAGACGAUCCCACACCAGAAAUAUUUGAUGAAAUCCAGAGAAAGGUGUAUGACAUGAUGCUACGUGAUGAGUGCUAUUACCCAUCCUUCAAGCAGAGCCCUCUUUAUGUCCGCAUGUUAGCAGAGCUGGACAUGUUGAAAGAGCCAAGCUACCGAGGGUCUGAUGAUGGCGAUGGAGAGUCCUUCAAUGGUUCUCCAACAGGAAGCAUAAACCUAUCUUUGGAUGACUUGCCCAAUUCCUGCCAUGAUGAAUCUAUGCACCUUCUUGCCUUCAUCUCUGACACAGGGGUGUGCAAUGACCACGGUAAGACCUACGCACUGUACGCCAUCACUGUGGUUAGACGCAACCAAGAUGGCAGUGAGGAAUCCUGGAAGACCUACCGCCGCUACUCAGACUUCCAUGACUUCCAUAUGAGAAUCACUGAACAGUUUGAGAACCUGGCAUCAAUCCUCAAACUGCCGGGGAAGAAAACUUUCAAUAACAUGGACAGAGACUUCUUGGAGAAGAGAAAAAAAGACCUCAAUGCUUACCUACAGUUGCUGCUGAACCCAGAGAUGGUGAAGGCCUGCCCAACUCUGAUCCCCUAUGUGUAUGACUUCCUAGAGAACAAGGCCUACAGCAAGGGCAAAGGAGAGUUUGCACGGAAGAUAGACACAUUUGUGAAUCCUCUACGGAGCUCCAUGAGAAAUGUAUCCAAUGCAGUUAAAGCCCUCCCAGACAGUUUGGCAGAGGGAGUGACCAAAGUCUCUGACAACAUGGGUCGCAUGUCAGAAAAACUGGGUCAAGACAUCAAACAGUCCAUACUGAAGGUGCCUCCACUCCUCCCCAAGUCUGACAUCGACCCUGAACACUGUCGAGUCUCUGCACAGCUCGAUGACAAUGUGGAUGAUAAUAUUCCACUCCGGGUAAUGCUGCUGCUGAUGGAUGAGGUGUUUGAUCUUAAAGAGAAAAACCAGUGGCUGCGCCGGAACAUUAAGAACCUUCUGCAGCAGCUCAUCAGGGCCACAUAUGGAGACACAAUCAACAGGAAAAUAGUGGAUCAUGUGGACUACCUGACGUCGCCAGAGCAGGUGGCAGAUUAUGUUAAAAAAUUCAGGGAUUCUUACUGGCCCAAUGGUAUUCUAGCUGAGACCCCGCCCCGCCGGGACAAGAGCAUCCGCAUGAGGACACGAGUAGCUGCCAAAACCAGCCUGCUGGGAAUCAUGCCAGACGAGCUGAAGCACAUCAUCGGAGCCGAUACCACAAGAAAGGGCAUCCUCCGUGUCUUUGACAUGUUUCAGUACCAACCCAUGAACCGUCGGUUAGUCUACGUUUUCCUGGAGGGCUUCUUGGAGACCAUGUUCCCUCAGUACAAAUUCCCAGAGCUCUUUGUCAAGCUACACUCCCGCUCGCCACGCAUCCACAGAUACAACCAGAAACUGAAAUCCACCUCCCUCAAGAGGUGACACGAGAGGAGAGAGGCAACAGGACAAGGGCCAACUAGACACACAGAGAUUUGAGAGCUGAGGGUGUGAGUGGUGGUGGGGUUUUUUUUGGGGGGGGGGGCUUGUUGUGAACAGUGAGGUGUGUGCAUUUGUGUGUGAGAAUCCUGCCCUUCCUCUUCCCUCACACACUCCUGAAGGUGAAAACACUCCAAUUAUCUGGAUGAUUUGUUUCUGUCUUGACAGAAAUAAGGACAAGUUACACUCAUACACACAUGCGCAAACACAAAUCUCAUAAUUUGCACCAAGACUGAACUUGGCUGUAUUUUCUUUUAGUUCCUAUAUAUUUCCCUUCUCCAUUUGGGACUUUUUAGUUGUGUUGAGCUUUACUCUGGGCCAGCCAACGCUGCUUUUUCAUGGUCCAGAGAGCAGACCACAAAUACUGUAUUGUUUUUAAACUGCAGGACCUAGAUAACAUAGACCCACACCUUGCCUUACCUUCCUGCUUCUGUCUUUCAGCCAGCACAGUUCUCUUCCACAUCAGUGAACGUUCCACACAGCUGUCAUCAAACUCUCCCUCAUGCUGUAGACAUUUGAGCUGCAAAAUCGCUUGCACUGUUUUCACAGCAACCAAAAAUGUCGAUAGCACUGGGUUUAAGAGGCGCUGUUUUUUAAUAUGUGACUGAGCAAAUAUGGGUUGAAAAGGGUUUUAUUUUGUUUUCUCUAGCCUCAGUGCUUGACCCCCCCCCCCCCAAAAAAGUGUUACAUCAAUUUAGCACCCUUAAACAUCAAAGUAAAGAACAGCUUCCAUCACUUUUAAUGCUACUGUCAUAACCUGUGCUGACCAAAGCUCAUGCUGUUCACACGUGUACUGUUGUGAUAUUGGGAUACUCUAAACUUUACUGUGUUUCAUAUCACGUGAAGAAAGAGAAUGCAACGUUGACCUUUAAUGACCUAUAAGGUGAGGCUGUGACAACACGCUGAGGUGUGUUAUCGUGGGAGGGGCCUGACUACUCAAGAAUGUACUCUCUGGUCUGUUCUGUAUUUGGCUCAUGCAGAACUGUGUGUGAAUGUGUGUGUGUGUGUGUUUUAGCACGAAGAUGCAACCCUCUUCUGUCAGAACCUGUCAGUGUGUGUUAGGGAACCAGCCUUAAAUCUAUAUACAGUAUACACUGACCAAGAGAUGCACGCUAGAGGUAGCUCGCCUUCAUGCGACUGAACAUAAUAAGGAAAUCGAGAGAGGUAUGGAGAUGCAUCCCUAAUCACCUUUGUUCAGAGGAUAACGUCUUGGAUUUGGUGCAAUAUUUUUGUUUUCUUUAAUGCAUGUGCAUUUUUGAAUCAUUGUAUACUGAAAAUUGUUUUAAUAGCAGAAAACACGAAAGCUUUCCUGGAAAUGUCUUCUUACCCCAACAAUUUAACAUUCCGUUGUUGUAAAAGUACAAUGUUUAUUUUACAGACUUGUUUUAUAAGUCUGACUUUUUUUGUUUGUUUUUUUUGGUGUGCAGGGGCUUAUUUUCUCACUUAUCUCCAGCCCACCCUUGCAGAAAUAAUCAGAGAUGAUUAUUAGAUGGUAGUAGGGGGAUUUUCCCAUCACAGCCCAGUGACACUUAGUUCAGAGGCGGCCUUGAACAACUGCUUCUUUUCUGUUAUGCAUUUAAGCCUGUUAAGUGUGAAGAGAUGUUUGUUGUUAUGAACUGACUGCUGAAAAGACCCCACCCACCCACUCUGCCCCCGCCCAUAAAAAUGGGUCAAACAGGUUCACAGAAGAGCUGUGUCCUGUGACCACUAGAAUCACUGCUAAUAAGCACUUACUGUAGCAAGUGUGGGAGUCCCGCUCCCAUUGACUGAACAGCGCCCCAUUCUGCUGCAGUCAUUGGACGGAAACUUCGUCUGCUGUGAUUUGCUUGCACUGAGCAGCGCCGGUGGACUCUUGAUUGGCUGAGUCGGACGACGUGGACUGGACUGGAGCCUCUCUUAUUGGGAGGUGAAUAAUGUGUCCCUUAUGAUGGCGAAGGAGAUAUCACCUUUAACUUUCUGCACACCUCUCCAUACAACAGGAAGGCUUGUCUUUUUUUAACCCCAGUAUAUAUGAAUAUGAUAAUGAAAAUUAAAUUGUGCAUAUCUGUGUACAGUAUGUGUUAAUAGUGUGCCUAAAUGUACUGUCAACUCUAUUUUCAUAUUUUUCUUUAACCUAAAAAAAAGAAAAUCAGAAUGUCAUGAUCAUUUUAUGCGACUGAAAAUGACUUUAGGGUGUUUUUUUUUGUUUGUUUUGGCAUCAUGCUUAUCAAACUUUUCCUUGUGAGCAGUUGUGCUCAGAACAGUAUAACACUAAUAAAAGGUAACUCAGA